AAAUCCUGGUAUUUCCUGUUGUCACUCUCAGACAACGGUUCCCAUAUUAUAUCAGGCUGUUCUGGUUUGUGAUGUUACUCAACCGACACUUCGUACCUGCUGCCACAGUGUUCCUACAGUAACUUUAAACUGUAGCUGCUGUUGUAACUCACAAAUAAGAUGAGACUGCCAUGGCGGAUCCUCACACUACACACAGCAGCACCCAUGAGGAGGGCAUUCUCAGCCCCUGCAGGUGUGUUGAGCUUUGUCCCCCCCUGCAGCACCACUGAUGCCCACUCCCUGGAGCUACUGCAGGAGUUUGUGUCCCGAGCCAGACGCCUGUUUGUGAUCACUGGGGCAGGACUCUCCACAGAGUCAGGGAUCCCUGAUUACCGCUCGGAGGGUGUCGGGCUGUACGCUCGCACCGACAGACGACCCAUGCAGCAUGCAGAGUUUGUCCGCAGUGCAAAGUCUCGUCAGCGCUACUGGGCCAGAAACUUUGUCGGUUGGCCGCAGUUCUCCUCCCGUCAGCCCAACUCCGCACACAAGGUCCUGCAGCGGUGGGAGGCGAGAGGCAAGCUGCACUGGCUGGUUACACAAAAUGUGGAUGCUCUCCAUUCAAAGGCAGGACAGAAAGCAAUGACCGAGCUCCACGGCUGUUCCCACAGGGUGAUGUGUCUAGGCUGUGGUACCAUCUCCGCCAGGGAGGAACUCCAGAAGCGAUUUUUAGCACUAAACCCGGACUGGAGAGCGCAGGCUGGCGCCGUGGCUCCGGACGGUGAUGUCUUCUUAGAGGACGAGCAGGUCCUCCAUUUCAGAGUUCCCUCCUGUGAGUUCUGUGGAGGGAUACUGAAGCCUGAGGUCACUUUUUUUGGGGACUCUGUGAACAGAGCGACAGUACAGUCAGUGCACGACAGACUGGCAGAGUCGGAUGCGGUGCUGGUCGUGGGUUCAUCGUUACAGGUAUAUUCAGGAUACAGGUUUUUACUAGCAGCGAGUGAUAGGAAAAUGCCAGUCGCCAUCCUGAACAUUGGGUCCACGAGGGCAGACCACCUGGCCGAGCUGAAAGUAAGCGGCCGCUGUGGUGAAGUGCUGUCAGCCAUUCAACCUCUCUGACUGUCAAAGACAGGCAGUUUGGAUAUACUGCAUUAAGCUGGUCAAAACUACCUCGAACUUUAAACAGGUAAACAACAUAAUGAACUUCGGGAUGGCUGGAAGAGGAGCCUAGAGCAUCUACUGCACUUCUCUGCCAGGAGAAUUUUGCUGCUGUUUUCAAAGUAAAGCAAAAACUGACAUAUCAACAGUUAAAAUUAGAUUUGUCCUACAUUAAAAUAGUGUGCCAGGGGAUCAAUAUCUUGGUCCAACAAACAGAGGGACAUCUAUCCUGCCAGGAGAAACAGAAAGAGUCAAGCUGUACUGUAUUUGGCAUUACUGUGUUUCAUAGAAUAUGUGCAGUAGAUGAUGUAGUGCUGUGAUGUGCUGGUUCACUGUCUGAAGGCCCGGAGUUUAAAGUUGGAGGCUGUGAAACGACAACUGGGGAGCUGAAAUGGGUGAGUCAGCCACAUGGUUUGUCUCCACUGGGCUCAGUUCACUUGUCAUAUACUGAUGCUGCUUAUUUUUAAAUGAUAUGAGUUAUGAGGGACACUGUGAAAGUAAUGUGGUACUUAAAACACAAUAGAGAGCAGUUCACAAAAGUUUGGAAAGUAAAUCAAGAGAUUAUACAAAAUC